CCCUUCCGAGCGGCGCGCGCCGUCUCCAUGGUGGCGGCCGGAGGGGAGGAUGGGGGAGAGCUCGAGCCCCAUCAGCGUCAUCCUGGUCAGCUCCGGCAGCCGCGGGAACAAGCUGCUCUUCCGCUUCCCCUUCCAGCGCGGCCCCGCCAGCCCCGCCGCCCACCCCGGGAAGCCCCGGAGCAGGUAUGCUGUGAGCAGUAUCGGUGACAUUGUGGAAGACCAGGAUGGAGACUCCAGGUUCUCAGACGUCAUCCUGGCCACGAUCCUGGCCACCAAAUCCGAAAUGUGCGGCAAGAAGUUUGAGCUGAAGAUUGACAAGGUGCGCUUUGUGGGGCACCCGACUCUACUGCAGCACGCCUUCGGGCAGAUCUCCAAGACAGACCCCUCCCCGAAGAGAGAGAUGCCCACCAUGAUCCUCUUCAACGUGGUGUUUGCCUUGAGGGCCACUGCUGACCCCUCGGUGAUCAGCUGCCUCCACAACCUCUCCCGCCGCAUCGCCAUUGUCCUGCAGCACGAAGAGCGCCGCUGCCAGUACCUCACCCGCGAGGCCAAGCUCAUCCUGGCCAUCCAAGACGAGGUGUCGGCCAUGUCCGAAACCACCGGCGGCCCACAGUCCCCCUUCCUCCACAUCCUGCCCAAAUGCAAGCUGGCCAGAGACCUGAAGGAAGCUUACGACAGCCUCUGCACGACCGGGGUGGUGCGCCUGCACAUCAACAACUGGCUGGAAGUGAGCUUCUGCCUGCCCCACAAAAUCCACAACGUCGCCUCCCACUUCAUCCCCCCGGAAGCCAUCGAGAGGAGCCUGAAAGCCAUUCGGCCAUACCACUCCUUGCUGCUGCUGAAGGAUGAGAAGAGCCUCCUGGCCGAGCUGCCCUUGGACUGCUCCCCGGCUCUGGUGCGCCUCAUCCGGACCACCUCGGCAGUGAAGAACCUCCAGCAGCUGGCCCAGGAUGUGGACCUCGCGCUGCUGCAGGUCUUCCAGCUGGCCGCGCACCUGGUUUACUGGGGCAAAGCCAUCAUCAUCUACCCGCUGUGCGAGAACAACGUCUACAUGCUCUCCCCCAACGCCAGCCUUUGCCUGUAUUCCCCUUUAGCCGAUGAAUUUUCCUGCCAGUUCCCUGGUCACGAUCUUCCUUCCGUCUUGUCCAAAUUCUCCUUGCCGGUUUGUUUGGCGGAAUUCAAGGACCCUCUUGCUCCACCCAUGCAGGAGACGCAGCUGAUCCAGAUGGUGGUUUGGAUGCUCCAGCACCGCCUCCUGAUCCAGCUGCACACGUUCGUCUGCCUGAUGGUGCCUCCCAAGGUGGAAGAGGAGGCCCAGCCCAAGGUGGAAGAGGUGCCCUUCACCGCCAGACUCGGCGGGGGCCGCAGCCUCAGCACCCCCAACGCCCUCAGCUUUGGAUCGCCAACCAGCAGCGAUGACCUGACGCUCACCAGCCCCAGUGUGGAGAACUCCAGCGCAGAGCUGCCCCCGGGGGGAGACUCCCCCGUCAACAAGCGCAUGACGGAGAAUCUCUUGACGAGUCUCUCCGAACACGAGCAGGAAGCCAUCCUCAGUGUUCCGGCAGCGCACAGCCCUGAGGAUCUCCGCAUGUUUGCAAGGCUGCUGCACUACUUCCGUGGGCGGCAUCACCUGGAGGAGAUCAUGUACAACGAAAACAUGCGCCGCUCCCACCUGCUCAUGCUCUUUGACAAGUUCCGCAGCGUGCUGGUGGUGACCAAUCACGAAGACCCCGUCAUCUCCGUCUUCCAGUCCCUCCAGCAGUGAGAAGGCCCCGCCCUCAGCAGUGCUCUGAAUGCUUGGCCCUCUCAGCUGGGGGCCAAAGAGGAAGGGGGCUGGCCCGGGCUGUCACCAGGGCAGCAAGUCAGACAUCUGCGCUCCGACUUUGCCCCAGAAGCAGCCGCUUCGGAAGGAACUGCCCUGUUGUGAAGGAGGAGACGGGUCUCUCUAGCCAGCAAAUGGGACUGACUCUCCCACAGCCCCAGGCAGCUGCUUCCACUCGACCAGUAAACGGAAAAAACAAGUCGUUUCAUAACAA